CACGCGCCCGCCCCAUUGCAUUCUGGGCGCGGUAGUUUUCCACUAUGAGGAGUCCGUUACUAGAUCACAGAGCUUCACGCAGGAGGCUAGAGUGCCGCUAGGGGACAUAGAAACGACGAGGGGUGGGGUAGAGCGUCUAAGAGCCCCGAGGCGAGAGACCUGGUUCUACGGUUCAGUCUCACUCCGGCCGGCGCUGGGACCUCGGUCUCCGGGGGCCAGCGCGAGCCUGCGCCGCCAUUUCACCCGCUGGGAGCCGGGCCCAGCAGCCGCUUGGAUGCCUCUCACUAGAAAAAAUGGAGCUGGGAAAAGGAAAACUUCUGAGAACUGGCCUUAAUGCUUUGUAUCAGGCAAUCCACCCUGUGCAUGGUAUUGCCUGGACGGAUGGGAAGCAGGUGAUACUGACUGCUUUACACCUUCACAAUGGAGAACCAAAGUUUGGUGACUCGAGUGUUAUUGGUCAGUUUGAACAUGUUCAUGGACUUUACUGGGGCCCAUAUGCUACAGACACCACGACUCUGCUUGCUGUUCAGCAUAAAAAGCACAUCACUAUUUGGCAGCUGAACUAUAACAUCUCACAAAAGAAUAAACUCUUGGUUUCUCAGAUCUGUGAAACUGGUGAGCCAUUUCCAGUGCUUCCCCAGGGCUGUGUGUGGCAUCCAAAGAAAGAGAUCUUGGCUGUGCUUACUACACGGGAUGCCUCAGUCUUACACUCAGUUCGUCGCAACAACUCCAGAAUUAAAGCUGAUAUAAAAGGUAGUGGUCUCAUCCACUGCGCUUGUUGGACUAAGGAAGGCAAUCGCUUAGUAGUUGCUAUAGGCAGUGCCCUUCAUUCCUAUAUAUGGGAUGAUGCUCAGAAAACUUUAAAUGCUUGUGUGUUUUGCCCCGUAUUUGAUGUGGGAGGCUACAUCUGUGCUGUAGAAGCUACUUUGGAUUCCCAAGUUGCUGUUGCUACUGAGCUUCCGUUAGAUAAGAUCUGUGGCUUAAAUUCAGGUAUUGCAUUUGAAGUCCCAGCUGGUGGUGAAACAAAUUCUUUUCCUUCGCCGUCUACCAUAUUAUGUGGUGAUGAAGAAUUCUCCAUAGAUGUGGGGGGGAAAUCACUAGACUCAGAAAAAUCUAUGCCCAUUGUUUCAGUACCAUCUCCUUCAUCAGCUCCUGUGGAUCUAACCCAUAUCCUUUCCAGCAAACAAAGACUUAGUUCCAGUCCUCUUAUCCAUCUUAAGCACAAGGACUACCUAACAGGAAGCGGCCAGGACUCUUCACACCUGAUCUUGGUGACUUUUGAAAGAAAGGUUACCACUACCAGAAAAGUGAGCAUCCCAGGCAUUCUGGUCCCUGACAUAAUGGCUUUUGAUCAUAAAACUCAUACUGUGUCAGUAGCCUCCAAUACUUGUAACAUUAUUUUGGUCUAUUCUUUGACUUCAUCCCAUUUACCCAAUAUUCAACAAAUUCAGCUUGAGAAAAGUGAAAGACCAAAGGGCUUAUGCUUCCUGACUGAUAAAUUGAUAUUGAUUUUAGUUGGAAAGCAGAAAUUCACGGACCCUGCAUUUCUGCCAUCUUCAAGAUCAGACAAGUAUGUCAUCCGUUUGAUGAUCAAAGAAAUAAUAUUUGAAGAGGGUUCUUCAGCAUCUGCAGGAACUAGUGGUAACUCCAGUUUGAAUGCCUUUUUGAACAUGCCUGUGAAAAGAGAGCCACCAGAAAUUCUCUGUACAGAAGUUCAUCCUCUAAGCAGUGGACUCCUGAUACCAGGUCAUGCUAUUAUUCAGUCUCCUAGUAGCAGAAGAAAACUUAUUGAAGAAAUUAAAAGCCCUACUUAUGAGCAACAGCAAUGCCUGUUGUCAAGUGUGAGAGAUGUUGAAGAGAGAGAGAUUUCCAUGGCUAUUCCUCCAGCUCUGGAAACUUUGGACGUUGAACCAAUUAAUCGAUCAUUGGCCCUGCAUGGGCUUAGAACACCUACUGCAUUUUCUAACAGACCAGCAUCUCCAAAAGGGCAGGCGGACGUAGUUCCAGAAAUUUCAAAUUCUCCUAAAAGUAACAUUCUGCUAGAUGAAAAAGAAGCAAGUUAUUUAUCUAAGAACAUAGAAAAAUUAUGUGGCAAUUUUACAGAAGUACAGCAUCACCUUUCUGAGCUAACAGAACUUCUAAAUUCCAGGAAGAAAUUUCUUCCAGCAUACCCAUCUUCUCAGGAGCCCUCUUUUAUUAACAUCACUUAUCAGAAGCAGCUUUCUGGAAGUGGGGUAGAUGAAAGGCGAGCUGUUAUUCUGUGUGAUGGUAAACUCCGUCUAAGUAUAGUUCAGCAGAUUUUCAGUCUCUCUCUUGUUGAAAUGCAACAUGGUUCAACCUGGAUUGUUCUUACAACUGACAGUGAAGGCUUUGUUCCAUUAACAUUCGGAUCCAUGCAGGAGAUAACCAUAAGAGAUGCCAGUUCAAAAGGCUGUAGCACCCAUUCUUCCAAAACUUUGGAUAUCAUCAGUUCUACAGAAGGGUAUAGACCCAUUUCUUCAGAAAGUCUGGAUAUCACCAGUUCUUUGGAAGUCUUAAGAGAACAUUCUUCUAAAAGUCUAGACACCAGCAGCUCUUCAGAACAGUCAACCAGUAAAACGUAAUUUUGAAUUAAGAUGGUAUUAGCUGUUACAGUUGGACAGUUUUUAAAUCAUUUGUCACACAGGACUGGCUCCUUUACAUAACUGUCUGUAUAUUAUAAUUGAUACAUCUGUUGAGUUUUUCUUGUAACUAGAUCUUGUUGGGUUCAUCACUCGAUAAAUCUUGUGUCUUAUUUAUUUGGCCCUCUCUACACCAAGUUUGGAAACUAGCACUCUUUUACUGAGCAAUGUGGGUUUUUUAAACAUUUUUUUUUGUUUGCUAGAAAUCAUAGACCGGGCCUUUGUGUCUGUGGCUGGACAUCUGGCUUUCUACAAGAUUCAGAAAAAGGGCUUCCUUAUCAUCCUGCUUCUGAUUUGUUUAUGGUUUUAAAUUACAGGAGAACUCACGGAAUAAAAAAUAAGUAGACAGUU